AUGUCAAGAGGAGAUAAUAACCAAAGAGAGGAAGCAAAUAUCAACUGGUACAGCUCUGUAUGGAAUGUGCCUACAGCGCCAAAAGUGAGAAUGCUAGUAUGGAAGGCACUAAAAGGAGCGUUGCCAACAGGGACAAGACUCCAAGAGAGACACAUGAACGUUGAGACAAGCUGUAAGAGAUGUGGAAUCCAGGAAUCUAUACCUCAUCUGUUCUUCCAAUGUACUGUUGCGCAGGAGGUCUGGGCUCAGGCACCAUUUACGCAGAACAUUGAUUUCAGCGGAAAGAUAGAUUUCAAGGAACAUUGGGACGUGGUUAGAGAACUAACCUGUCUCCCACCGAGUGGAAUUUCAACAACAGCGCUUGCGCCUUGGAUCCUCUGGUCAUUAUGGGUCAGCCGAAACAAACUAAUCUUUGAUGCCCACUCUUUCCCAGCAACAGAGAUCCUCACUAAUGCAAUAGCGGCAGCGAGAGAAUGGCAGAAUGGUCAAGUUAAAGCCCCACAAAAGCAGAGGACAACCGACUUGUCACCGGUGAACGUAGAAAACACUAUUUUAAUGAGAUCUGAUGCUUCUUGGAAGGGAGAUCGCAAUGUUGCAGGCCUGGGAUGGGUCAUCUAUGGAGAGAAUGGACCGAUCAAAUUCUCAGCAGUAGAAGAGCAUGUCUCCACGCCCCUGAUGGCGGAGAGUAUUGCGAUGCGAGCAGCACUUGUGAAGUGUAAAGGGAUGGGAGUCCAUCGGAUUGAAGCAGACUCUAAGCAACUGAUUGCUUGUAUCAGGAACGAAGAACCAGUGCCAGAGAUCUAUGGAAUUGUAUCAGAUAUUGUAGCUUUAGCUUCUGAGUUUGAGACCAUCUCGUUUGGAUGGAUCUCUCGGUUGUUAUUGCUGAUGGCCUUGCCAAGCAAUGUGUUGUAG